AUGCAACGGGGCACCACGAGCCGCCAGAGUGGGACCAGCAGGAGAAGUCACUCAAACAACAGGAGCAGCGUGCGAAAUUCACGCCGGAAGGUGCACCAAAAUCCGGUGACCAAGUUGAUGAACCAGCAGAGUGCCGGCACGAUGACGCUGACCAAGACAUUCCCCCAGUUUGUGCACAACAAAAACCCGGAGCUGACCGAGUCGAACUUGAAGUCGCUAAACAACGAUUACAUCAUGAGCCAGAGCACGGCGUCGAUACUGAACAACUUCAGUCAGGCGGGCACGACCAACAAUUUGAACACGUUCAAUCAUCCCCCGCGACACAACACCCACACACCAACGCUGCCCGACGGAAGUCCGAUCGAUCCGAUCUACUACAACAUGAACUCUUCGUCCCCGUUGCUCCAGCAGAACGCCUCGUGGGCCUCCUCAAACCCCGCCGGUGGUGGCAUCGGUGGCCACUCCAAUCCCACCUAUCAACACUCGACCACUAACCUGAACCACAGCCCGGAACUGAACGAAGAGUACUACACCAACAACCGACCGCCCUCGGUGCGGUCCAGCUAUUCCAACUUCCACGGAACGCGUCCCCUCAGCUCGUACGUAACAACGCCGGGAGGCAACCUCAACGUAGCGCAAUCGUCCACCGGUGAAAACGUGUUCGCCAGUCUGACGAGCCAACAGCAGCAGCAACCGUCCCCGUUGCAACCCCAGCAGCAGCAGCAACAACAGCAACAUCACGUCCAUCAACAUCACCUUCACCAGCAACAGCAGCAGCAACAGGUGGUCAGCGAUCCGAUGGCCAUCCCGCAGCUGCCCAACCGGCGGUCCGUCUCGCGGAGAGCCUACGCGCCAUGCAGUUCCUCAACGCUGGACCGCCGGCCUACAAUCUCAACUAUCACACGCCGCCCGAUUCCGAGACCACCAUGUAAAUAG